CGCCCCUCCUUCCACCCCAGUGUCUUUCUCGGCUUUGGAAAGCGUAGUGUUUGAGAGCGAGAGAGUGUGACUGUAAGUGUGGAGAGUGGAAGUAGAGGAGAGGAAGGGUGCAAUGGCGUCGAAGUUGGUUUUGGUAGCAGUAGCCUCCCUCUUGGUGGCUGCUGUGUCGGCUAGGGAGAUGCCCAGCGACGCUGGGCUAAGAGAUGAGAAGAACUUCAUCGUUGGUGGUGGCGUUGGAGGCGCCGGAGGAGUCGGCGGUGUUGCCGGAGUCGGCCCGCUUGGCAUUCCUUUCGCUGGGAUCGGUGGUGGCGCCGGCGUAGCUGGCGGAGUUGGUGCAGCGGGCGGUCUCGGUGGGCUUGGUGGACUUGGUGGUGGACUUGGUGGGCUCGGUGGUGGAUUGGGUGGACUAGGUGGUGGACUGGGUGGGCUUGGUGGUGGACUUGGUGGGCUCGGUGGUGGACUGGGUGGACUCGGUGGUGGACUGGGUGGACUCGGUGGUGGACUCGGUGGGCUCGGUGGUGGUGUCGGUGGACUUGGUGGCGCUGGUGGUGGGCUCGGCGGCCUCGGCGGUGUUGGUGGCCUCGGCGGUGUAGGCGGUGUUGGUGGCCUCGGCGGUGUAGGCGGUGUUGGUGGCGGAGCGGCCGGCGGAGUUGGCGCUGGUGGCCUUGCUGGUGGUAUCAUUCCCUGAGUGGUAGUUCGCUGGACGUCCUAGUUUUUUUGGAACUUUUGGUUUGCUUGUCCAAGAAUUAACAAGGUGGUUUUGAUCAAUAUUUCUGUGUGAUUUUUUUUUUCCUUUCUUUUUCUGUUUCUCAUUUCUCUGCUUCUUCUCUUUGUAUUUCCUUCGUUUGCUGGUCCUCAAGGUUUGGUGUAUGGGGAGCUCAUGCACUCGUCUAAGUGUACGUGCAUGUGUGUAAGUUGCUGACCUUCAGGGCCAUUCCAUGUAGUUUAUCUCUUCUUCUAUGAAUGCCUGUGAAGCUCUGUGAACUUUCCAAGAUACAAUGACGCAUUUUUAGUAAUAAAAGUUGCUUUAUCUUUCAAAGCAGAAAACCAA